AUGGGGUUAGCACUGGAAUUCGACGCACACAAUCUGCAGAAAAUCAAACUCGGUGUACAUAUCGCUCAAGCCGUAUUGAUUUUCGUAACAUGGGCGAUGGAAAUUGCAGUCUUUCAUGAUGCGGAGAGCAUUGAUGGUCGAGCUGGGUGGUAUUUUGGCUUGUGCUUCUUGUGUAUUCCUGCGAUAAUAUACCUUACGAUGACUCCACGAUUCCCACGAACUCGCAAAUUCGCUCACCCGUAUGGUCUAGCAACAGUGGAUUGCCUCUUUGCAGUUUUGUGGAUCUCUGCCUUUGCUGCACAAGCUAGCUAUAAUUCCUCUGGGAAAUGCAAUGGAGCAUGUGGGAUAAGCAAAGCUAUUGUUGGAUUUGGAGUGUUCAUCUGGUACUUUCCCCCAUAUUUCUUUUUACCUGUAGGACAACAAGCUGAUGGUAGUAUCAACAGGCUAUUAUGGUGUGCAACAGCUUUCAUGAGCUUUUACGGCGUGGCGUAUUACAGAAGAGAGGGAUAUCUGCCAGGAGCCAGUAGAGCACCAUUUAAUGCUCAAGCCAUCGAUCCCGACAAGGAGGCAUUCUCGACGGCUCCUCAUGACGACGAGUACGCACCUGUACACAACACGGACGACCAUGAAGCAGCGGGCAGCUCAUACGCAGGUGCCUCGACAGUCGGUAGUGCGUAUAACCCAGAUUCGGCGUACAGCGGCUAUGUGGCUCCACAUAUUGCAGACGAGCCAUCGGGAUAUCAAGGAUACAGUGGUUCAGGGUCCAUCAAUUCCGCUGGUGGGAGACUGAACUUUCCGGAAGCUAGAUAUGAUAAUGUGUGA